AUGAGGAGAUGCCUAUGGCCUGAGCGGACGGCGCGCCGCUCCGCGGCGCGCCCACUGGCUCCCGCCGCGGGGGAGUUGCUGCUGGCUGGGCUCCCUCACACACACGCCCCUCGCCCCUCUCCCCUCCCCGCCCCCCCCCAGCCUCUGUUGGCGCGGUCCCCCGCCGCCCCCUUAACCCCGGCAGCCGCGGGCGGGCGGGCCGUACCGGCAGCAGCGGGCUUGGUCCCCUGCGUGCCCCCGCAGGCCCUCCUGUCCCGAACCUCCACGGUGGAGGGCCGCGGGACCGGUAACGGGACCCAGCCUCCGGUAGGGCUCGGCCCACCCCCGGGCCCGGCGCGGGCGGUGGGGCCUACAACGGGGCCGGGGCACCCACCACCAAGGCCCCGACACGUGAGACCGGGCACCGGCCCGCAGCGGGGCCUGGCCCAGGCAGCAGGACCACCACCACCCUCCCCGGCACCCAGCGGGACCCUGGCCCCCAUCAGGCGCCGGCCGUGGAGCAGGAGCGACCCCCAGCCCUGCAAGGCCUGGCACCUCGGUCCCCAGCCCACCGUGCUGUGGCCGACCUGUGCCCUCCCGGGGCAGAGCGUUCAGGCUCAGAGGGACAGAACCGACACCGACCCCAGAGACUACAAAUGUCAUGUGGAAAAUGCUUCAGAAAUAUCUGGCAGUGUAAGAAGCCUGAACAUCUCCCUGCAAGCCCCUGGAAUAGCAGCAACCAAGGGUAAGUUAAGCAGAACCCAAAAAGUCAUCACUCUGGAAUGCUGUAGUCUUCGAAGCCCCGUGCAAGUAAAUCUGCUGUAUUUGGAGAAGAUGCAUGGAAAUUUGACAGACCAGAGAAUAGAGAAAUGUACCCUGCAGAGCCUGAAAGUCAUCGCCAGUGCAGACAGGAAACCUGCUAUUGGCCACACCUGUGUUUUACUGACACGCCCCAGGAAAAAGUUUCAGAGAAAAUUUAUUCUUAGAGAAAAAGUGUUUCUAGCAGGGAUAUCAAAUUGUGUUAUAACAGCAAAGCUGCCCAAGCUGAAAGUUUUUGCAGAGGGUUUGACUGUCCCACGUGUGCACCAAGAAAACCAAACUCUAGAGAAGCGAAUUCCAUCCACAGAUGACAAAGAUACGCUGAACAGACAAAAACUAAGUAUUGUCAUUAAAGUGUUCAUCGCUUGCAUCCUGUUAGCCUUCGCAAUACCCUAUAUUGUGUUUGUUAUAUACGAAAUUCCCUGCCCGUGCUUGUGCCCUGCCUGGAUCCACAGCAUAUGGAGCAGCAGAAGAAGCCUGUCUGCAACCUGUGUCUCAGUGCAUGACAAAACAGCAACACUUUUAAUCUCAUUUCUGAAGGGCACAGAACAGAAGCCUCUGGAAGCUUUUGUCUGACCCUCAGCCUCCAUUCCCCAGACAGACGCAUGCUAGCAAGACCCUUACACAGGAAGAUCCAAAGUCAUUGUCAUUCCUGAAACCUACCUAUGAAAAGCUGCAUGCCUUAGACGAACACCUUUUUUACCUGCAAAGAUGCAUCACCUUUCCCUCACCACUUACUGGAAACAGCAGAAACCAACUGCUAAGAAGACACCCAUACUCUGAUUCUUUCCAUUAACUACCCAGCUUCUUAUUUUAAUUCCCAGAUACAGGAAAAACCUGUUAGGAUAAGCAAUAAAUAUUUCAUUGGCAUUCCAAAC